AGCGCCAGUUAACCUGUAGGUGUCGAGUGUAGACUUCACGCGCAUCGUCUAUUACAGCUGCCAAGAUGGGUCGUUCAUGCAGAGUAAGUUCUGUCGCGCAUCUGAAGCUUUUGAUGCCUCUGAUGCUCUUUGUUGGCAUUUCUGAGGGAUCACCACUGGAUUAUGAAAGGUGGAAAGUUUUAGCUGUUAAUCUUGAGAAGGUGAGUGGGGACGCUUAUCCUCCCACCCUAAGCAAACUUGAAGAUAUGGAAGCGGAGGGAUACUUGGUGGUCCUGUCUGCAUCGAAGACCAAAGGUAUUGCUGAGGUAGCUGUAUCCUCUAAAGCUUUAGAGGAUCUUACAAAAAUGCAGGAUGAUGGAUUAUUGACCUUUGAUAUACUAUCUAAUUCGCUGGCAAGUGCUGGGUUCCUAAAACACAUCCACUUCACCUUACAAAAAGCCAUAGCAAUCUUUGGCGGUUGCAUCUUUUACAGACCUGGCGAGUCAUACAAGGAAUAG